AUGUCAGACAAAGAGGGAGAAACUGCUUUGUAUAACGACAGGGAGGAAGAGGCCAGACAAUUUUUCAGUGAUUCUGCAGAACCACAAGCACAGGAGGAAUUUAAUGAGAUGCCGGCUAAUGACAACGGAGACAACAACAAUGACGAAGGCGAAGACGACGACGAUGAAAACAUUUAUUCCAUAAAGGCGCAUAAAAUAACAGGAGACGAUGAAAGUAAUAGAGAAGUUACCAAAAAGAAGAACGUUAGGAAAAUCAAAAGACACGAUGAGCUUAGAAAUGAAAGAGAUGAACAAGGAUUUGUUCCAGUGGGAGAAAAUCCAGAAGAUGGAGGCAUCGAUUAUAGUAAUGAAGAUCCACAAGCAAGAAAAAGGAGACUUUUGGAAGAGAAGAUGGAGUCUGCGAUUAAGAGCAAGUCGUCAAGACGUCGUAAGGCUGAUGAGGAUGAUUUGGAAAGAAUGCAAGAUGACAGAAUUGAUUUUUUGAAAGACCAAAUGAUUAAAGCCGCCAAUUUAGACGUGGAAAAGAAUUCACAGGGACAAAUUGCCACUGAAAAGUUGAAAUUGUUGAAAGAAGUGGUGGAUAUUUUGUCCAAAGCUGAUUUAGCUAUUUCCAUCUUGGAUAAUAACUUAUUGGAAGCGGUUAGAUUAUGGUUAGAGCCUUUGCCAGAUGCAUCAAUGCCAGCUUAUCAAAUUCAAAAGGAAUUAAUUUACUCGUUAACUGCUUUACCUAUUAAGACAGACCAUUUGAUUGCAUCAGGCAUAGGAAAGGUUUUAGUAUACUAUCAAAGAUCUAAGAGAACCGAAGCCAAUUUAAAGAAGGUGGUUGACAGAUUAAUUGGGGAUUGGACCAGGCCUAUCUUGAACAAAUCGGAUUCAUAUAAAGAUCGUACCAUCCAAUUUAACGAAUACAAUAAGAACAGGUUCACCAAUCAAUUAUCAUCAGCACGUCGUAGUAGACCAAAGGAAUCUAAGACUUUAUACGAAGAGAGUGCCGAAAGAAGAAAGAGAGCAGCUAUUCCAGCAGCUAGAACCACUGCCUAUAAGAUUGCACCAAAGGUCGAUCCAAGCUUGUUAAGAAGACAGCAAUUAAACUCUAAUGGUAACAACGAUGAAAGAUUCAAGAGAAUCAACCAGAAAUUGACUCUGAUGAACUUCAAAAAGAAGUCUACCAAAAAGUCAGGUCCUUCCAUCGAGGGAAGAAACUUGGCCAUUUAA